AUGAUGUGGAUGUACUUCCAUACGCUCUUGAAUGACACGGUUUUGUUCAAGUUUUGGCAUGUCACUUCGCCCGGAGGUAUACACCAUUUUUCUGUACCAUUAUUUUCAUUUUUAGACAUGGUAAUCAGCUGUCUCAUCGCUAUGUUACUCGCGAUUUCCGUCGAGUUUGUCAAGUAUCAAAAAUCCGUGGUUGAAGAGAAGAGCUUGAGAAAAAUGUAAGAACUUGAUUGCUAUACAAAAUUAUGUCGAAACUUUAGCUCAACAAAGGCAUUCGGAGAGCGAUUAGCCACCCCGGAAUAUCUGCUGAUUACUGCUUUGUUUGUGGGCCAAUGGAUCUUGAGCAACUUGGUGAUGCUGGUUUAUAUGGUCUUCUCGUUAUGGCUUUGCUUGUCGUUGGCACUGGGAUCAGUUAUCGGAUAUUAUUUGUUUGGCGCUAGACCAGCGGUUGGCGUUUGA